AGAAUACGUACUAGCUUCGUGAUAUAGACUCGCCAUCUAUGUAAUGAACUUGAUACGUAGGAUGGCUUGAAGAAAAAGAAAGCAAUGGUAUGCACUAGGAGUCAGUCUCGGAUCCCUCUCGCUGAAAUGACAGUGGAACACGCGCACAAACGAUCCAAAACUGUCUCCACUACACAAACAUCUGCUCAGUCACCAGAUGAGGAAAGUACGAGCGAAGACGGUUUUGACGAGGCCAGAGAAAACUACCCUCCUUCGGAAGAUAUGAUCCAUAUCUGCACACCGAAAACACCACGAACAGGCAUCUACCACACGGAAUGGAUAUCGUCACCAUUUUGGAGGCAAAGUUUGUCGAAUGAUCGGGUUAACAGAUGGGAGACCUCAGCGGAUGAAGUUGUUCUGAAGAUUUUCAGUUAUCUAAAGUUCGAAGACCUCUUUCGAUGUGCCCUCGUGUGUCGACACUGGAGAGCGUUAUCGUACGACAGGCUGCUGUGGACUCAAUUCAACCUGACCCAGCGGGCUAUACCCUUCGACAAGUUACUAACUGUCCUGGGAUACGGAACAAAGUACUUGUCACUUUCCUGUGGGGACGUCAAGGAACGCACUGCCCCGUCACCAAGAAAGCGAAGAGAGUCUAUUUUACUGGAGUACGCUGACUUUGGUCUGUGUAACAUCCUACCCACCCAACUAUCUCGCCUCCUGGACUGUGCUCCUAACCUUGUCAAGCUUAACCUGGAGUCUGUAACAAUAUCAGGGCCAGUGCUGCGCGCUGUGGCACAGUGCUCACAACUGCAGAUCCUAAACCUGGCCAUGUGCCAGAAUGUUAAUGCUUCACAGCUGGUGGCUGUAACUCGGAACUGCACUAAGUUAAAGGAGCUGAACAUGGCGUGGUGCAACAUCAGUGAGAAGACCUACAAUAGACUCUUCCCAUUGCGAUGUGUAACAAUGGAGAAGCUUAACAUUAGCGGAGGCCGAGACACGGUGUCUUGUGAAACUAUUCGGCUACUCUCCAGCAAUCUUCCUAACCUCACUUCUCUCGAUAUUAGCGACUGUAUCCGGAUCAAUAGAUACGCCCUGGCCUAUCUGGCUAAGAACUGUCCCAGACUGGAGGAGCUGAGUUGUAGUAGAGUGUACGAGCUGUCCUCACUUGACGUCCUCAGUUGGGCCUUCAAGAUGAACCAUCUCAAAUAUUUCAACUCCUUUCCUUCUAUCAUUAACGAGCGGUUCAUGGACUUCAAGGAGAAAAUGAAGGUGAAGUUUCCGCACGUGCAGCUAAACAAGAAAGACACGUCAGACAUCGCGCGCCCUUGCACCACAUUGCACGUGCCAAAAGGUGUAUCUCGUCUUUGGGAACGGCAAUUUCGAGUUUAGAGAUGUGGCAGGAGGCCCAACUUUUAUCUUAUGCUACUGGAGAUAAUAAUGUUAUACUGAUCUGUAUGAUUACAUUGCUGUAGUCAGAUUUGGUGCUCGACGCAGGUGUGCUAUGUUGUGCAGACAAUGGACUUAUAUUUGGGUUGAUAUUGAUAAUGAUGACUUUAGAACUGAUCUUGUUCACGUCCUUUGAACGUCGGUUUAUUUGAUAGAUGUAAGAUAAAUUAAAUAUAGUAUUUCAUUAUUGGUGAAAAGAUGAAGGAAGUGAAAACUGAAGAAUUGGUGAUUUCCCUAGCACAUUAUUGUACACAUGAGGGAUCGAUGAGGUGUGUUGAGGCCCGUGCGUAAUACAUAUUCUUGAAUCAGCAAAAUAAACCUGUUUUUACAAUAUACAUGUCUUUUCUACGACAUUUAUGGAUGAAGAGGUUUUUAAUCAACGGAUUUUUAUCUUUUCUUUACUUCUAUGUAUAAGUAUUCUACACUAUUUGUUAAAAUUUCGAUUAUUGAAACAUUGUAUAAAAUAUAUAUUUAAUCUGACUUUAAGUUUAUUUUUACUAAAUUAUUAUCGCUUAUGGUAUUAACUAUUAUUAACCGGCUAUUUCUUUUAUUUAACGCCCACUAUUUGAAUGAAAGAACACGACAUGUUUCAAAACAGAUUUAUAAAGACUCUGCAUAAUUGAUGGACAAAUCUCGUUAUCUUUUCUUUCAAUUUGUGUACACUAGCGCACAAAAUGCAAAACUUCGAAAUAUGUUUUG